AUGAAGUAUAUGAGUAGAUUGCUGACUAAAAUGCAAAGAAACCCCAACUUUAAUCACCAUUCCAAGUGUGAAAAGAUGGAGCUCACUCAUCUCUCCUUUGUUGAUGACAUUCUCUUGUUCUAUAGAGGUAAUAAGGGAUCUCUGGAGAUAAUGACCCAAACUAAGUCGCAGUUCUUCCACUCAACUGGUUUGGUGGUGAAUCCAUCUAAAUGUAAUGUGUAUCUUGGUGUAGUUGAAGAGGCUGAAAAGCAGCACAUUCUCAGGAUGACUGGAUACAAUAAGGGCAAACUCCAUUUCAGGUACCGUGGAGUCCCUCUUACUAGUAGAAAAUUUUCUGUGAAUCAUUAUCUUCCUCUCGUUGAGAAAAUCCUUCAUAGGAUUCAUCACUGGAGUGAAAAGUUGUUGAGUCAUGUUGGUAGAGUCUAA